GCCACCACUCCAUCCAGCUUCACACUAGAUCGCAACAUCUUCAACGGCACCCUCUACACCCGUCUUCAUGAUUUCUGGUAUGCUGGUCUUACACCAGGAGCCUCAGUAAGCAACGCCGAAGUCGACGCAAAGUGGUGGGGAAUAGGUCAAAGUCAAGCAGACAAAGAAGCCUUUGACAAAGAGUGCAGGGGCAAUUUCGUCCAUGCCCUGCAAGCAGUUGGGCCGGAUGAAUACCCCCUGCCUCCAUUCCACAGCGCUGCUCAGGAUGUCGAGGACGCGGCGGCAAUCUCGCACCCUUUCUUACAGGAGGUCAAAGAUGCUGCGAACAAGGGUGAGCAGGAAGCGGCAGACACGUUGAUCGCAUUGUCGGUGCUGUUCGAUCAGAUCACCAGAAAUGUCUUCCGCGACGAGGCCGGUCUACGCUUGGUCUACGGACACUACGAUCGCAUCGCUCUCGCCCUCAUUCACGCCAGCCUCCGCCUCUCCCCAAACCCGGUCAACUAUCCGCCCUACGUGCUUCGCCCAGUCAUCCGACAAUAUCUCCUACUGCCACUCAUGCACUCCGAGCACAUACCCUCCCACGAUCUUUACAUGGCUCUGAGCGAAAGCGCGAGAAAAGAAGUAGAAGCCGCGGGCGACCAAGAUGCCGUCCACCAUAUCGCCAGAACGGUCGCAUUUGAAGAAAUGCAUCAGGUGCCUCUACGAAAGUUUGGGAGGUAUCCUCACCGCAAUGCGGCUCUGGGGAGGGCAAAUACGGAUGAGGAAGCCGAGUAUAUGCGGACGGGAGAAACUUUUGGCGUGCAGCAGUCUGCAAAGGAUGAAGAG